UCUCUCCGCACUGACACAUUGCGCUGUCCCGGCGUGAAAAUGGCUCCUGGCAACGGCGAGGCGGAGCGGUGAGGGAGACAAAUACCAUCAUAGAGAGAGAAAUCAUACAGGGAAGGACACAGACAACCUAAGGGCGUAGGGAGACCGACAGAAACAUCUACAUACAAUCGGGGGUGGUCAGAGAUAGAGAGGGACACAGGCAUAAACAUACAGUCGGGGGGAAGGGGUUAGAGACAGAGAGGGACACAGGCAUAAACAUACAGUCAGGGGGAAGGGGUUAGAGACAGAGACGGACACAGGCAUAGACAUACAGUCAGGGGGAAGGGGUUAGAGGUAGAGAGGGACACAGGCAUAGACAUACAGUCAGGGGGUCAGUGACAGUGAGGGACACAGGCAUAGACAUACAGUCAGGGGGAAAGGGUUAGAGAUAGAGAGGGACACAGAAAUAAACAUACAGUCAGGGAGAAGGAGUUAGAGAUAGAGAGGGAUACAGGCAUAAAAAUACAGUCAGGGGAAGGGGUUCGAGACAGAGAGGGACACAGGCAUAGACAUAUAGUCAGGGGGAAGGGGUUAGAGAUAGAGAGGGAUGUGGGCAUAGACAUACAGUCCAGGGGAAAGGGGUCAGUGACAGUGAGGGACACAGACAUAAACAUACAGUCAGGGAGAAGGAGUUAGAGAUAGAGAGGGAUACAGGCAUAAACGUACAGUCGGGGGAAGGAGUUAGAGACAGGGACACAAGCAUAAACGUACAGUCAGGGGGAAGGGAUUAGAGAUAGAGAGGGACACAGGCAUAAACAUACAAUCGGGGAAGGAAUUAGAGACAGUGAGGGACACAGGCAUAAACAUACAGUUCGGGGAACGAGUUAGAGACAGAGAGGGACACAAGCAUAAACGUACAGUCAGGGGGAAGGGAUUAGAGAUAGAGAGGGAUACAGGCAUAAACAUACAGUCGGGGAAGGGAUUAGAGACAGUGAGGGACACAGGCAUAAACAUACAGUCCGGGGAAGGAGUUAGAGACAGAGAGGGACAUAAGCAUAAACGUACAGUCAGGGGGAAAGGGUUAGAGAUAGAGACGGACACGGGCAUAAACAUACAGUCAGGGGGAAGGUGUUAGAGACAUUGAGGGACACAGACGUAUUCAUAAAAUCGGGGAUUGCGGGUCAGAGACAGGACAGACAGUCAGGAUAAGGCGUGUGAGAGCGGUUAGAGACAAAGAUAGAAAUACUCAUAGAAACAGAUCCUCGGACAGGGAAAUGUGGACGGGGUUCAGGGAGCGACACACAUAGAAACGGUGAGAGGGCCAGACACAGACAAAGUCUCAAACAGGUACAGAAACUUAGUGAGCGAAGGGGUGUCAGAGAGAGAGAGAUACGGCGAGGCUGAGCCGUGAGGGGGUCAGAGACAAAAAGACAGAGUAGGGUUUCAGUGAAAGAAAGACGUACUGUAGGCUGACACCAACACAGACAGAUAAGGAGAAAGAUCGUCGGAGAGAGAGACAGCGACAGCCAGCAGAGCGGAUUCAGGAUCAGAGAUAUAUGUAUAUAGAUGCCAACAGGGUCAGGGAGAAGGGUUCAGACGCACAGACUGCCACACAAAGAAAGAGAAUAGGGAGCGAUAGAUACACAGAAACGGGCAAACAAGGAGACUGUGACAGCGCAGAUAUAAAGUCAGACAGCCCAGGAGAGAACGGGGACAGGGAGCUCUAGAGCAGGAAAGACCGGGGCCUGGUCCGGUUGUGCCAUGUCCGACUCAGAGGAUGAAAUUCACGACCGGCAGCUAAAGAUCGUCAUCUUAGGGGACGGCGCAUCAGGAAAGACUUCCUUAGCAAUGCGUUUCGCCCAGGAAGCUUUUGGGAAACAGUACAAACAAACAAUUGGGUUGGAUUUUUUCCUGAAAAGAAUAUCUCUACCAGGUAAUUUAAAUGUUACACUGCAAGUCUGGGAUAUAGGUGGGCAAACCAUUGGAGGAAAGAUGUUGGACAAGUACAUUUAUGGAGCUCAGGGUAUCCUAUUGGUAUAUGACAUCACGAACUACCAGAGUUUUGAAAACCUUGAAGACUGGUAUGCCGUAGUGAAGAAAGUAAAUGAGGAAUCUGAGCAACAGCCUGUAGUUGCAUUAAUUGGAAAUAAAAUCGACUUGGAGCAUAUGCGAACUGUGAAGGCAGACAAGCAUCAACGAUUUUGCCAGGAAAACAACAUCAGUGGUCAUUUUGUGUCUGCCAAAACUGGAGAUUCUGUAUUCCUGUGUUUUCAGAGGUUUGCAGCUGAUAUAAUUGGUAUCAAGCUAAAUAAAGCAGAGAUUGAGCAAUCACAGCGUGUAGUGAAGGCAGAUAUUGUGAAUUACAGCCAGGAGCCUAUGGUGAGAACUGUGAACCCUCCUAGAAGUUCAAUGUGUGCAGUUCAAUGAUCCCGUCACAUCCAUAUUAGUACAUUUGGCAAUCCUGCUUCGUUCACACAGGCCCAUUCUUUCUCAGGAACUUAGUUUUGACAGCAACCAUCUCGGUAACACAGUAAAAGACUUCACGGACUGACUGCAUUACCGUAUGCUGAGAAAUACAAGGCAGCCACUGUCCACUGCAGAGAUGCAAGAGUUUGGACCACACAUUUGAGCAUAAUUUUCAGAAUUGCGUUAUGAAAGGAUUUUCACCAUUUUGUUUAAAAUGAUGGUGUGACUGCAUCAGAUACAUUUUUUGUAAUUACCAAAAACCUAAUUUAUUCAGUAUUACAGUUUAUGUAUAUCGACAUUUACAGAAAAUGCUUUUAACUCCCAGGAAAUUUGCUUGAAAUAACAAGACAUACAGGUUUAAAAACCUAAAUAAAAUCCAUUUUUAUUAUAAUUUUUUAAAUAAGAAAUGUGAACUUUGUAGCAAAUUGCCAUGAAGAUGCGAAUACUACUUAAGAAAAAAACUCCUUGGGCAAACAAAGAGUCAAGCCUGUGAAAAUAAAUUUAGCCAUUGAGUGUAGCCCUCUAUACCUUUACACUUCCAUAGCAGCCAAUUGCAUAUUGAAUACCCUGAAUGAUUUUAUUCUUACUUACUUGCCUGGCUGAUUAUUCCAUGCAUUUAUCAAUCUUUUGGUACCACUUUUAUUCGAUUUCAGUCUGUUUUAGGUAAUUUAAUUUCAAAGUCUUUAUGGUAUAAUAUAGUAUUCUGGGUAGCAUUACUUAUACCAUUGAAUAUUUUACACACUUCUGUGAUGUUCUUCCUGAACCAUUUUUCCCCCCAGAGUUUUGCAUUAAAUUUUGUUUUGUAGAUCUUUCCCUUCUACUCCUGGAAGUCAGGCAUGCCAUUGACUUUUGCAUCCUGUCCUCUAUGAAUCUGUUUGUGGACCCGUCUGUCCAUCUGUGUAUAUUUUAUAAACACAUUUUGUGGCAUGAACAGAAUUAACUAUGAAGUAUGAUCUGAGACUGUACGUUAUAAAGCCCUCAGAUAAUUCCUGUAUCUGUGUACUCUGCUGUUGUGUCAAAUGACUUGGUAUUAUUUUAGCAUUUUAUUUGUAUGUUAUUUCAUCUUCAAAGAAAUAAGGACUAGUACCAUUGUAGAAUCUUUUGCAACAUAUGCAUUUAUAUAGCACUUUUGUCUAGUUUCAAUGCCAAAUGUUCGCUGUACGUCUGGCAUCCUGGUCUAACUUCAUGCCAGUGUGAGAACUUCUCAGGAGAGAACUGCCACUUGCUUGAAAUUCAUAUUGUUUGGAGUACAAUUUUGAACCCUAAGACAUUAGUGCGUAGAAGUUGUUAGCUCCGUGUUCGAAACAGUUGGAUUUUACUAACCAGUUUAGGAACAUGGUGCAAACAUAGAACAUUCGGCCCUCGAUGUUGUGCCGACCUGUCAUACCGAUCUCAAGCCCAUCUAACCUACACUAUUCCAUGUACGUCCAUAUGCUUAUCCAAUGACGACCUAAAGUUGGCGAAUCUACUACUGUUGCAGGCAAAGCGUUCCAUUCCCUUACUACUUAAAAAACACUUUCACUCAAUCAGUGUAUAUGUACUCCUUCAUAUUUCUCAUAUCAAAUGUCAUUCUGUCUACUCUUACUAUUGUUAACACUGGCACAUCACUACUCUGCCCUGCCACUGCUGGAAUUUAAAAGGCCCCACCAAAUGAGGCGUAAGAUCCUGAAACUUCAGGACCACUAAAUGGCAAUUUCCACUUAGAAGUUGCAAGGCCUCAGCCAUAAGCAGUCUUUUAUUUUUAAACCAGCUUCUUAUUCUAGUUUUACCAUAGCUCUAUUGUAGAUUUAGUCUAAUCCCUUUUCACUGGAAUUUGCAGAUAUUCUGAAAUCUCAAAUAAACAAGCACUACCAUUGGAAGAUCCACCAUCAGCUUUUUUUUCUGGAGCAUUCACCAGUAAAUCAAGGUGAUUUGUUAGGUGUUUCCUACUUUGAUUUUUUUUUUAUUUCUUUGGUUAGUGACGCUCCGGUACUGUCUCUUAGACUAAUUUCCAUACUUUUACAAUAUUAUUGAUAUUGGCACUUUCCUAAGACAGUACUGUCUAUACUUUGUUUUCUUUCCAACCUUUAUUGAUAAUGCAACUGAUUUGUAAGUGCUAGUAUAUAUUGGUCUUGUUCUUUAUGACUCCUUACACAUCUCUAUACCUCAUGGCUGUCAGCUUGAGAAUGCAGUAAAGUAAGACUAAAGACAUUUAACAAAUUUUUUUUUUACAAAUAUUUAAACAUAAAUGUAUAAUUUCAUAGUAAGUGAUAUUUGAAUCUUGCUAGGUACGUACAAAUAUUUUUGAUUUUAUGCAUAUUUUGUUUUAACUAUUUCAAUGCAAAUUCCAUCGCGUUCUAUUUGAUGUCUCAACAGCACAAAAGGACUCUUGGCAUUCACAUUCUGUACUAAUUUGUAAAUACUUUCUAAUGAACUUGUUCAGAGAUUUUAUUAUAUAGCUCUGGAGCACAUGAGACUUGAACCUGUGCUCUGUGGCCCGGAGGAGAACACUAACACUGUAUCCAUACGGUUAACUGUGCGGAGUUCGCACAUUCUCCCCGUGUCUGCGUGGGUUUCCUCCGGGUGCUCCAGUUUCCUCCCACAGUCCAAAGAUGUGCAGGCUAGGUGGAUUGGCCAUGCUAAAUUGCCCGUAGUGUUCGCGGGUUUGUGGGUUGUUGGGGGAUGGGUCCGGGUGGGAUGCUCCAAGGGGUGGUGUGGACUUGUUGGGUCGAAGGGCCUGUUUCCACACUGUAGGGAAUCUAAUCUAAUCUAAUCUAAUCUACUCUGAAAGCAGUCAAAUAUAUGUGAUUAUUGGUAGCCGUUUGAACCAUGUCCACUUGCAGAUUAGCAAAGUGCCAGCUGCCUGAAUAGUUGGAAGUUUUGUAGUGUCAAGUCCACACAAGUACAGUGUAUAUUACAUGGUUUCAAUGCAGCAUUUAGAAAUGUACAUAAUAUUUACAUCACUUUUAAUAAUAUUCCUCUCUAAUAUUCCAACCAUGAUACUAUAUGAGUUCAUCUUACUAAGGAUCAUUAAUUAAAUUGUAAAAUAAAUCAUCUAUGAUCUUUUGCAAACUUCACAAUUCCUGUUGUAAGAUAAAUGAUUCAUUGUCCCAAAAGUAGUUAACUAGAUGCCCAAUAUUUGCAAUAUCAAUGAAGACUCAGUAGUUCAAAAACAUUUUUGAUAUUUCAAUAUGAUUUUUUUUGUCAUGUAUUACAUAAAAAUAGAGUUGCAUUGCAAUUUUAUUACGGACUUUCCAAAUGUAUGUCAUUUCUCAAUGCACAAUAUAAAGGAUGUACAAAAUAAACUGUUUAAAAAUUGCUGAGCUGAUGUUGUAACAUUGAUGUAAUUGUUCUUGUGUUGUAAAUUUUAUUGGUAUACAAAUAUGUUAGAAGAAAAACAUUUUACAGCUUUGUUGGAAUGUAUAUCUACUUAUAAAAUGAAAUCAAUGAGAUUUACAGAAGUUGGCCUGAUUGAUUCAUUGAACACAAUUUAUGGUAAACAG